GAUGAACAGCCCGACCUGUUUGCAUCACUAUUGGCCUCUCUGUUCGCAGAUGCUUCCAGUCAGCGGCAGCAAGGUACUUUUGUUUUCAGAUGCCGCCCCGGAUACUUGGAAGGAGGUACUUGAUCAGGUGUUUGCUGUGGAUGGGCGUUCGGCGGCCACGAGGUUGAAGUGGAAGCCGUCACGAUACGGUGGCCGCCCGAUCGAGUCCCCGUCUGCUACUACGAUGGCCCUGGCCGCAGCGAGGAGGAAGGGCCACAGACCACAUUCUACUCUCGACCACAUCACAGAGGUCAUCGUGCGAGGCGAACUGGGACGAGAGGGCGGCCAGGUGCUCAGGCGGCUCAUGACCCAUCUCUCCACGGCCAUUGGGCUCGAGACCACGGAAACGGACUACUCCAGAGGCCCCCGGCUUGGUUAAUAUGUGCAUCUCGCCUCCGUGCACACCGACGCUCCGCCAGGCCGUCUUCGACUCCUACCUCCAGAGCUCCGACGAAGUCCGCCGCGUACAUGCUGCCCUCCACGGUCAAACCAUCAUGGUGGGCCAGGACCUCGUUGCCAUAGACGUCGUCAACGAUGUCCUCAGCCUGGGGUCCCUCCUGGGACACGGCAUGCGGAGGCGGGUCUAGGUGCCUCCGGCUUUCGUGAAGCACACCGGCACUAUUUCUGCCAUGGGCAUAUUUUUGGAAUUCGUUUUAUCGAUUGCAUGGGCGCUGAGGGUUGGAUCCUCGAGGUCGUCAUGUGGCUCCUCCCUGCCUC